ACAACCCUUAACAUUAUCAAAGUCAAGACCAAUCUCUUACACUUUGGUGAGAGUGUGUGCAGAAGAGAGAAAUGGAAGAUGAAAACCAUAAAAAUGGAACAGAUGGUCACAGUGGAGAAAGCCCAGAAAGCCCAUGUUUGAAGAGUUGCAGCAGCAGCAGCAACAAUCACAACAAUAGUAAGGAGCAGGAUCACUUCCUUCCUAUAGCAAAUGUUGGCAGAAUUAUGAAAAAGGAGAUUCCAGGCAAUGGGAAAAUCUCGAAAGAUGCGAAAGAAACAGUUCAAGAAUGCGUGUCCGAGUUCAUCAGCUUUGUUACUGGAGAAGCAUCUGAUAAAUGUCAAAGAGAGAAGAGAAAGACUAUUAAUGGUGAUGAUAUUAUUUGGGCCAUCACAACCCUAGGGUUUGAAGACUACGUUGCUCCACUUAAGCUGUAUCUCAACAAAUAUAGAGAGAUCGAAGGAGAGAAGCUUAAUGUUCCAAAGCAGCAAAGAAUGGAACACCAAAGUUCACAACAGCAUCAUCAACUAGAACAAGAACAAAAUAUGAUACCACCUUACACUAGUAUAUAUUCUUCCUCAGCUCUUAUGUCUCAGCCACCAUCUUUCAUGGUAGCUGAUCAUAAAACAUAUCCCUUGCCUUUCUCUCCUAAUUCCAUCCAAAAACAUUUGCAGCACCAAGACAAAGUCGAUCCUGUCGAGCAUUGGUAAGAGAAAGAAACUAUAUAUAGUAAUUGAAAUCAUUGAAUUUUUGUUUUGUUACACAUAACUGAAAAGAUAUUCUGAUAUAAUGUAUACGUAUUGGAGAAAUUAGCUUAUUGCCUACUGCCUCCAUAAAUGAGGUAGUUUAUCUUGCAAUGAUGUAAAUAAUAUGAACAGCUGAAAUAUAUAGCUGAUGAAAAUUAUGCAACUAAGACACGCAAUCAAGCAUAAUUAAUUACGUACAGAUAAUUGUUCAUCAUU